ACCCUGGGUUCAGAGAUUGACAUUGGAGUGGUAUCAGCGGGUCUGAGCAUAUUCCAGAACGGUGUCAGAAUAAAUCAGUUCUCAUGGGCAAAGAUUGUCAAGAUCUCUUUCAAGAGGAAGCAGUUCUUCAUUCAGCAGAGGAGAGAAAUCGGUGAAACGAGAGAUAUGGUUAUAGGGUUUAAUAUGACCAGCUACAGGGCGUGUAAAAACUUGUGGAAAUCAUGCGUGGAGCAUCAUACGUUCUUCAGAAUGGUAGACCCUCAACCUCCUGCGAAGAGGAGAACGUUCUUUCAGCUAGGAUCAAAGUUCAGAUAUAGUGGUAGGACGGAGAGUCAAACGAUGGAGGAGACAAAGAAGAGGUUAGCGGAAAAAGAAAUUAGCAGGUCAUCGCCUAACAAGAGGGCGUUCAGACGGACAAUAGGGGGAACGGUAGCAGAGGUCAUCCGAACAGAAACAAGAAGUCUACCAUCGAGAACAACCCAGAAAUACAAGCCCCUCAAAGAUAAUCACCGAGUGCCAAGUUUUGAUGGCAAGAUUCCACCUUCGCCCAAUGGAAAACCUAGAGAGAAUGGGCUAUCAAAGAGUGCGGAAAUGCUCAACGUUCCUCCCCAAAUGACGUACAUGGAUGACAACGGAGGGAGUGAUGUUAGUAUAGGUACAGGCAACUCUUAUGAGGUUCUAAGUAACGGUUACAAAUCGCAAACCAAUGGUGAUGCCUUAGUAGUGAUUCAUAUGUUGCCUGACGAUAGAGGGCGCUUUGGUUUCAACGUCAAGGGCGGGGCAGACCAGGGCGCACCUAUCAUUGUAUCAAGAGUAGCACCAAACACACCGGCCGACCUUUGCAUACCCCGAUUAAAUGAAGGUGACCAGAUUCUUCAAAUCAAUGGCAAGGAUGCCUCUACAUUCACCAAUGAACAUCUGGUCUCUACCAUUCGAGCCUUAGGGGAGGCCAGGACCAAAGAUCUUGUCCUCACAGUCAGACCAAAUGUGUAUGUCGGUGAGGAGGUAGAAGAACCCGUCUUUCAGUACAUCCCAGAGAGUCCGAGGGUAGUCAACGGAGAGAUCGACUCCCUUACGGAGUCAUUCAUGCUCCUACAAGAAGGCAUUGAUAGUGGCAUGGCAAUAGCACAAUUUGAUCAAUUAUAUAGGAAAAAGCCUGGUAUGACAAUGGGGGCCUGCCGAUUAGCGGAGAAUGUUGCCAAAAACAGAUAUAGAGACAUCGCGCCUUAUGAUGCAACGAGAGUCAUAUUACGGGAGGCAGACACUGGGGAUUAUAUCAAUGCCAAUCUCAUCAAUAUGGAUAUCCCUGGCUUUGAUCUUGUUAAUAAGUACGUCGCCGCUCAGGGGCCUUUACCAAACACAGUCAACGAUUUCUGGUACAUGGUCUGGGAGCAAAGGUCAACACUCAUUGUCAUGCUUACGACUAAUGUCGAGAGGGGGCGGGUCAAAUGUCACAAGUACUGGCCAGACCUUGACGAUAGGCUCCAGUUUGGCCCUGACCUUGAGGUCAGAUGCACAAGAUGUGAUGAGUCCCCAUCAUUUGCCUACAGGGAUUUCAUCAUCUGCAAUACAGCUACUAAAGAAGAGAGGAUAGUCCUUCAAAUGCAGUACGUAGCCUGGCCAGACCAUGGAGUGCCUGACGAUUCAUCAGAUUUCUUAGACUUUGUUUUUAGAGUACGACAAUGUCGAGUAGGGAUGGACGUGCCAACUAUUGUUCACUGCAGUGCUGGUAUUGGAAGGACGGGAGUAUUAAUCACCAUGGAAACAGCAAUGUGCCUGAUAGAAGCCAAUGAGCCGGUGUACCCUCUUGAUAUCGUAAGGACGAUGAGAGACCAACGGCCGAUGCUCAUCCAGACCGCUGCUCAGUACAAGUUCGUUUGUGAAGCCAUUAUCAGAGUCUAUAUGGAUGGUAUUGUAAAGCCUUUAGAGGAUCAGAGAUCGUGAGGGAACUUCAAACAUCAAAGUCUUCCAUCUAAGUAAAGUCAUCUUAUUGCCAGCUCUUGUUACAUCAGCUAACGACAACAAAUUGUCAAAUGUUACCCCGUCCUCUUCUGUAAUCUAGAAGUGCAACCAAGCGACCAGACGAAAGCAUCACAUGGUGUUAGUAACGUUACGUUACAGAUAGUGAUACACUAUAUUAUUCUAUGUUGUGUAGUGCUAGCAUUGUGUUGUGCGUUACAUUGCAUCAAAGUUAUGCAAUGUUAUUUACAUGACAUUGUGUCACACAAUCGUUAUGACACAUGUUAGAUUACAUUACAUUAUGCUAUCGUGACAAUGUUACACUACAUGUUACAUUGGCAUUGCAACUUGUGUAACAUUACAUUAUGUUACGCUAGCAUUAAUAUGUGUUACAUUAUGUAACAGUUUGUCUGCACUCACAUUCUGUUAGUGCUACAUCAUAACACAUUACAACCGAGUCCGUUACUUCGCGUUGGUACCAUGUUUGUUGCGUUAGAUUAGUGUUAUGCCGUGCUACAAGAAAAGAGAUUGAAAAGAUAUUUGAGAUGAGAUUUGAAAAAAUAUAAAUUUUGUAUGAAAUCUCGAGGCCUGGUGCUCUAUAUUUUGAUUUGUUUUUGUAUUAGAUGCAUUAUUUUUGCGAAAGAUGAAAACCCUGUCUGUAUGUACAUGUAUAUGAUGUAUGUGAUAUGCUUUAGACAAUUAUCGUCAAGGCAUCCACGUUUCAUUAGCUUUCAUAUUGAAGCACCUCAAUGAAAUAUUUGUAUGUAGCUGAUUCUUGUACCCGUAACUUUCAUUAAAAGCUAGCAAAUGCACUCUGAUACAUCAAGUAUUAUUAGACGUGGAUAAAUUAAAUCACCCUGUUCUUUCAAAUAGAGAUAUUUUGACACCAUGCAUAAUUAUAUCUUUCACUUAAGCAAGAUAUCUAUUUAAAACCAAGAUUUAUAUCUAACUGCUUAUUAUUGUAACUAUAAUUUCCUAACCCUCGGAGGGUAAAGAAAGCAAAGAAUCAAUCGCACAUACUUGUCUUACUGGUUCCAGAAAUCAUGAUUGGUUCAUUUCAGCAUUUAUCUUUAAGACUAUAUGAUUAAUAUUAAAAAUUUUACCAAUGAACUCUGUGUUUAAAAUUUUCAAUGCAUUGACAAAAACACAUAUAUGAUUUCUUGCAAAUAAGAUCACUUGUUCGGAAUCUAGCUCUCUCUAUAUAUUAUAUCAUUACCUCAAACAUGCUAUCUCUGUAUUACUCACUCAUACUCCCUGUUCUAUCCACCUCUCUCUCUCUCUCUCUCUCCUCUGUUUAUCUCCAGCCUUUUUCCCCUUUCCAAAUGUCCCAUUUUUCUCAAACUCUCAGCCAAAGAUACAAGGAAACAAAAUCCAUUUGAUGAUUUGUACAUUUCAGUUUUGUAUAUUAUAGUGUAUAUGAGUUCACUGAUGCAAAAUGAUAUCAUGUAUUCGUUUAUUUAUCUGAUACUUCUCCCUUAACCUGGGGAGAUUUGACAAAAAUGGGUCAAAUUAUAUUUAUGGUAUCUUCCGAUCAGCAUUUGUAUUCCACACAAAAGGAUCAUCAUUGAAUAUGUUCCUUUGUGUUAUUUUUGCUUUAAACAAAGAAGUUGUAUAUGUACAUUUGAUAAAGAAGGUCAUAUUUUUGUACAUCAUUCUUAUCCCCAUUUAAUAAAUAAUUGAUUUUUUUUUUCAGUCCUUCGUCUAGUUCAUAAUGGAACAACAUGGGUUUCUGUACACCAUUUAUUUAAUCAUUAGGAUACUGUAGUGCAAUGUGUGUUUUUAUUUUCCUUAUAUAACAUGAUAGUAUGCUGUUUAUUUUCAUCAACAUCAUAUUUUACAAUUUUGUUUCAAAACAGGAAAUUCUUAAGAAUGUAUUUUUGUGAUUUUCAUUGGUUUUUCCAUUCGCUUUGUACAUGUAUGCUGGGAAGUGUUACUAUCGCAUUUGUGCAGUUGUGAAAUCUGUAACAUAUUCAGCUGAUCAUGUAAUCACUUUGUGAUCAAUUUUGUCAUAUUUUGUAAUUUUAGUUGCAAAGUGAUAGCUUUUAUAUGUGUACAUCCAUUGGCCACGGUGUUUGAAGCAACAUUUAUUUUCAAUUUCAUAUACAGCAAUUAUGUUUGCCACAGAUAUGGGGUCAAAACUGAAACAGAUAACAGUAAAAGGUAUGUGCAGUUUUGGUGAAUAAUUUCUAAUAAUAAGUACUCAUUGAAGGAUUUUGAAACAUACAUUUUUAAGUAUGUUUUAAUAUUUUGGAAGGAAUUAAGAGUGCUUUUCAUGCUAAGCAUGAAAAUAUAUCAGUAUACAAACAUUUUACUUCAGGAAUAUGAGAUUUGACAAGUUUAAAAUCUUAUGCAUUCCUGUGCAAAGUUGAUUUGCUUCUUAAUUAACAUUAACUUGAUAGGAUUAAGACACACAAAUAGCUUGAAUGAAAUUUUAUUUUACUUGGACCAAAUUGUAUCAUCCCAUAUUUGCCCCUACCCCCUUAACUUCUAGUUCAUUGUUUUUGUCCACCUUUGUAUAAGGCCAUUUGUAUAUUAAGGUUCUUUCUAUAAGGUCUUUGUAUAAGAUCAUUUGUAUAUCAAGGUCCUUGUAUAUCAAGUUUCUUUAUAUAAGGUCCUUGUGUAAGAUCAUUUGUAUAUCAAGGUUCUUUGUAUAAGGACCUUGUUUAUCAAGGUUCUUUUAAUAAGGUCCUUGUAUAAGAUCAUUUGUAUUUAAAGGUCCCUUGUAUAAGGUCCCUGUAUAUCAAGGUUCUUUAUAUAAAGUCCUUGUUUAUCAAGGUUCUUUUUAUAAGGUCCUUGUAUAAGAUCAUUUGUAUUUAAAGGUCCCUUGUAUAAGGUCCCUGUAUAUCAAGGUUCUUUAUAUAAAGUCCUUGUGUUAUAAGUUCAUUUGUAUAUCAAGGUCCUUUGUAUAAGGACCUUGUUUAUCAAGGUUCUUUAUAUAAGGUCCUUGUAUAAGAUCAUUUGUAUAUCAAGGUCCUUUGUAUAAGGUUCUGUACUUACAUUAGCAAGGUCCUUGGUGUAUCAAAGUCCUUUUUACAAGGUCCUUUGUAUUAGAAGAUCUUUUUUGUAUAAGGUCCUUUUGAUAUCAAGGUUCUUUGUAUAAGUUCAUUUUUAUAUAUCAAAGUCCUUCGUAAAAUGUCCUUUGUAUAGAAAGGUUCUUUGUACCAUCAAUUUUCUUAUGUUAUAGGAUUAAUUUUACCAAGGAGUUGUUUCACGAACCUGUUUGUGAAGUUACAAAUAAAUAUACGAUUGAAUGAAAUGUUGCAAACCAAAUGGGUUUCCUAAUUAAUUUAUAAGGCAGACUUUUCACUAAAAAUGUGUGGAUUAAAACAUGUAUGUUACUGAAUAAUUUCUUAUGGUAGUUAUGACCUUUUGAUACAUAUUUACACUAUAGUUGGUUCUUAACAUUCCUACAUUUCUAUAAACACAUUUUGAUACUCCUUUACCCCUAACAAUCAAAAUACCUUGUUCAUCUUGCCUUUUAACGUUUUGUAGCAGUUUUUAGUAACCGCAAAAUGACAGGAUUUGUCAUUAGAGCUCAUGGUAGUAAAAUGAUAUUUUUUACAUUACAAAUGGUGUGCUUUAUAUGGAUAAGGACUCUUUAUCUUUAUUUUUUUCUAGAAUGUAGUUAUAAUUAGUGAAUUUUUCGAAGUUUGUUAUAAUGAGAGAGCUGCUCUGCAUAUUAAAAACAAUAGGUGUGAUGAAGAAAAUGAUGUCAUGAUUGUCAUCGUAGACUGGAUUCACUCCAUCUCCCUUACCACCCUCAUGAUUAAGUUUCUUAUUUAUUUACCUUACGGUAUUCCAUAAACAAAAAUAUGUGGGCCUCUAUAGUUGCUCCUAAAGGUCAAGACCACCCAGAAAAAUGUUGAUUUGAUUCAAUAGAGAAAAAUCAAACCAGCAUAACGCUGAAAAUUUCAUCAAAAUCCGAUGUAAAAUAAGAAAGUUAUGACAUUUUAUAAUUUCAGUUAUUUUGCACAAAACAGUUAUAUCCACAACUUAAUAGUGAUGCAAAUGAGAGUCGAUGAUGUUCCUCACUCAAUGUUUCUUUUGUUUUUUAUCGUUUGAACUACACAAUAUUUCAAUUUUUACAGAUAUGGCUAAAAGGACCAACUUGACUGAACCAUUUCAUGUUA